AUGCGCUACGAACCUGACGUCAAGGCGCUCAUAGCCAAGUGCUCCACGCCUCCUCCCCCAGGCUCUCCCUACGGCCUGCCCAUCCCCGGCUCCGAGCGCGAGAACCGAACUCCUGUCUACCGUAAUUGGGCCUUUCGCGACGGCCCUCUGCUCGAGAGGCUCGAACCACACUGUCUGACUCUCCAUGACCUCUUCGAGGAGGCGUGGCAGGCUCGUCCCACGAAGCGCAUGUUGGGCCACCGGCCCUGGAACCCAGCCACCAAGACCUGGGAGCCCAAGUACGAGUGGCAAACGUAUGCUGAGGUCGCCGAGAGGAGGAAGAACCUCGGUGCUGGUAUCGCGGAGCUGCAUCACCGCAUCGGUGUCACCGCUCAGAGCUAUGGUGUUGGAAUCUGGUCCCAGAAUCGGCCGGAGUGGCAGAUCACAGAGCUUGCCCUGGUCUCGCAGUCCUUGUAUCCCGUGACGCUGUAUGAGACGCUGGGCCCCCAGACAACCGAGUUCAUCAUCAACCACGGCGAGUUGGUAUGCGUGGUCACCUCACUGCCGCAUAUACCCACCCUUCUGAAGAUAGCGCCCAAGGUGCCCUCGCUCAAGCUGAUCAUCUCUCUCGACUCGUUGGACGACGGUGAGAUGAGCGGACAUUCUAAACAAGAGCUGCUGAACAAGGUGGCCGCCGAUAGCGGGAUACAGAUCUUUUCAAUCGGUGAGGUGGAGGCCAUUGGUCGAAACUCUGGACGUCAAAUGCGGCCUCCACGGAAGGAAGACAUCUUCACCAUCAACUACACCUCGGGGACGACUGGCGACCCCAAGGGUGUUGUCCUCACUCACGGAAACUCCGUUGCCGGAAUCUCUGCCGCGCGGUCUUCUGGCACCGUUGGUGAACAUGACGUUCACAUGUCGUACCUUCCGUUGGCGCACAUAUACGGUCGUAUGGCCGAUCAGGCUGCAUUCCUCGCCGGUGCUCCUGUUGGGUAUUUCCACGGCGAUGUCGCCACCCUGGUCGAGGAUAUGAAGAUCCUGCGGCCUACGGGUUUCAUGUCGGUGCCCAGACUUUUCAACCGUUUCCAGGCUGCCCUGACCACGGCGACCGUUCAAGCGGAGGGAGUGAAGGGAGCUCUUUCCAGGCACGUCAUCAACUCGAAAAAGGCAUCCAUGAAGCUCCCGCCAGGCAAGGCAACAAACAAGCACAUCCUAUACGACAGGAUAUGGACACCAAAGGUGCGAGCAGCUGUCGGCCUGGACCGUGUGCAUUCGAUGGUCAGCGGUAGUGCCCAGCUGGAUCCCGAUGUACACCAGUUCCUGCGAGCUGCUUUCGCCAACGACUUCUGCCAGGGCUUCGGCAUGACAGAGACAUACGCCGUGGGCAUAGUACAGUACAAGGACGACUACACGACCGGCAACAUCGGCUCCCCAAUGGCCUUCGUGGAAGUCUGCCUCGAGUCCGCUCCCGACUUGGAAUAUACCGUUGCAGAUAAGCCCAACCCACGUGGCGAGCUGCUACUGCGGGGCCCCAUCGUCUUCCAGGGCUAUUACAAGAACGAGGAAGAGACGAAGAAGACCAUUGACCCUGAUGGGUGGUUCCACACCGGUGACAUCUGUGAGAUCGACAACAUGGGCCGGCUGAAGAUCAUCGACCGCAAGAAGAACGUGCUCAAGCUCGCGCAGGGUGAAUACAUCUCGCCCGAGCGCAUCGAGAACGUCUACAUGGGUAGCACGCCCAUCAUCCAGACGGCGUACGUGCACGGUGACCCCAAGGAAAGCACGCUGGUCGCCGUCUUCGGCAUCGACCCUGACCAGUUCGCCCCGUACGCGAGCAAGAUCCUGAAGAAGACGGUCUCGGCUACCGACCGCGCGGAGCUGAAGGCCGCGGCCAACGACCCCAAGGUCCGCAAGGCGUUCGUCAAGCAGCUGGAUGAGUAUGGGAAGAGGCACAAGUUCAACAGCUACGAGAAGGUGCGGAACUGUUACAUGGACAUCGAGCCUUUCACAAUCGACAAUGAGCUUUUGACGCCGACGCUCAAAAUCAAACGUGUCCAGACGGCGAGGGCCUUCAGGAAACAAAUUGACGAGAUGUACGAGGAGCUGCACCGCCAGGGCGAGCUGACAAAGGCCAAGCUGUAG